AUGUUUGAGCUGAUCAUUCUUGCCAUUAAGAUAUUUGUGUGGGGUAAUGAAUCUCUUCCCUCUUCGUCCUACUGUGAGCGAUAUUGACGUUUUUGUUUAGUCGGACUACUCAUACUGUACAAGAUUACCGCACCCCUGGGGCUAACCCACCGGAAUGGUUAUUUAAGGACCUUUAGCACGUUCGGGGGGAGCACGUCUCUGCGCUGGUUUUCUCUCCCUGAACUAAAGUAAUCUCCUAUCACCCCCCUCCUCUAGUCUAGUAGCUAACCGUGAUAAGUAAAUUCUACUUCCGUGUUCGUGCCACGACCCGGCCAUUGCAUCUGAAGAGUUGCGAUGCACGUGGAUACAAGCCACGUAUUGAGGAGCUGGCCAAUAAGGCCAGCGCACUCUACUACGGCGCCAACCCGCUGCUGCAGACAAAGUGCUCCUCUACCUCCACGGUAAGCCGGCCCCCAUCAUCAUCCCCCACUACACUAGCGCGUGAAUCUAGUGCUAAAAUCCUUCCCCAGGAGGCGGCUUCUACUUGGGCACCGCUCCCGGACAUUGGGAUUUCUUCGAUAGCUUAAUUGCCGAAGCGGAAAAGCAAGGGAAAGUUCUCUCUGUAGUGGUCCUCGAAUACGCCCUCACUCCCAGCGACCAAUGCCCCUUCCAGAUCACACAGACAAUAACCUUCUUCCGACACCUCCUCAGAACUAUCCACCCAUCAAAGAUGCUCCUAGGUGGUGACUCCGCGGGUGGGAACCUGAGUCUCGCCUUGCUCGCGCACAUCUUGCACCCAUCCCCAUAUGGCCCCCCAAUUGUGCUUGAGUCGCCGCUGGCUGGCGUGCUUCUUAUCUCACCUUGGGUGACCUUCGGCACGGGGGCCAGCUCCAUGACCAAAUUUGCUGAUCACGAUAUCUUGUUUCCGGGUAUCCUCCAGACUUGGGCUGAAGAGUAUAAUCCCAAGCUCAAGAUUCGUAAUGGAUGGACCCAGGCGUUAGGUGCUGGGGAGGGCUGGUGGAAGGGGUGUGGGGGUUUGCUCGACGGGAAGAUACUAGUUACCGGUGGUGCACAGGAGAUCAUGAAAGACGAUUUACUUGCCUUUAACGAGAGGCUAGUCAAGCAGGGGGUGGGCGUUGAGCUUUUCUUGCCCGACGGGAUCCACGCGGAACCCAUUCACGGUGUCACUGGCUUGGGGCCGGAGGGGUCGGCGGCCUGGUUAGCGCACUUGAGGUGGUUGGGGGAGGUGGUUUCUAAGUAA